AUGGGUGCCUGUGCUUCGUCAACCUUGAACUCGAAAUUAGUGAAAGGUGCCGGAGGAGGAGGAAGAGGGUCAUCGACACCCACCAAGGUUGUGGACAUGGAUGGACGUGUUCAAGAGUUGAAGCAACCGAUCCAAGCCAAGAAGAUCAUAUCCCAGAACCCAAAUUGCUUCCUUUGCAGCUCGGAAUCCAUGACCAUCGGCAGAUGCGUGCCCCAAGUCCCCGACGAUGAGGAACUCCAACCUGGAAGAAUUUACUUCCUGAUGCCGCUCUCCGAUUCCCAUAAACCUCUUUCCUUGCCGGACUUGUGUGCUCUAGCCAUCAAAGCUAGCUCAGGCCUACCAACUUACAGCGUUGACCUUUGCUCAAGUAACUCCAAACCCUUCCACCUCAUGUAA